AUGGUAUUGGAUUUCCUUACCAGACUUCAAGACUUUACAGAAGUUCUUAUGUCUGAUCCCCAUAUUUUGAUGGAUAGGAGAUUAAAAUUUUUUAGAGAUUUUCUUGUUGCUAUGGGGGCUGAUGAGACGUUUCUUUUAACUACAACAGGAGAACAGGAAGAAUUAGAUAGAAGUGAACUUUUUGAUGCACUUGAAGCUUGUAGUUAUGGUAAUUUUUUUCUCCGACAAGGAAAAUAUACAGAUGCAAUAGAUGCAUUUACUAAUGCUUCACAAUUAGCAAGUAAUGUUAGAUAUUUUGAUGAGGCAAAACUAAGUGCCUAUCAACAAAUGACUUCAGAGUACGUUCCAUCAUCAGUUGAGGACAUCAGUAAUAAAAAAUGGAAAUAA